AUGAUUGGUGCACCGCCUUUGGGUGGCAUGCUUGUCGAUACUCAGUCAAGUUUAACUCUGACUGAGAACAGACUUCUCACUUCUUCUUCUUCUUCUAAACUCCUCAGUAAUAAUGAAGCCGUUGAGAGUGGCUAUUCUGCACCUGCUAAAAUACGGAAGAUAUCUGAGGACGAAAUUAAACAUGAGAGCCUCAAUAGCAACUUUUCAGCUCUUUUGCAUCGAGUAGACCAUGCUUUAACAACACACACUGAUAUGGUUUUCCGAACUUCUGGGGAUCUUGCAAAGAAAUCAGGCGAAAUUUUUGAGUACAAGGUUGCACCAUCUGCUGAUAUAAGUGAUGCCAAGUUCGCUUUAAUAUGCUAUGCUAUGUCCUCUUUGAAUCCUUACAAUUCGCCUUCAGUGCCUGCAAACAAAAUAAGACUUAUUCGACUACUCGAAGAUGUGGAAGAGCAUGACCCCGAAUUUAUUCUGAAGACUGCAGUUUACUGUCGGAAAGUGUUGAAUAUUAGAUAUACGACAAGUUUUAUCAUUGCCUUUGCUGCCGAUUCAUCUGCUUGUCGGCCUUAUUUGUCGAAAUAUUAUUCCGCUGCAGUCGGCCUUCCUUCCGAUUGGCUUAAAAUAAUCGAAAUUUAUAGGUCUUUCGAUCCUUCAAGGAACUUUUCUUUACCAAAUGCUUUAAGACGAGCAAUGGUGGAAAAAUUUCAGGAAUUUGAUCAAUACCAGCUUGCCAAAUACAACAGAGAAAUAGCUGAAACAAAGACAAAUAAAAACACACGUGAAAAAAAUGAAGUGCUGAGGCAUACAUUGUCGUUGAAAAAAAUGAUCCGUCAUUUGCAUAUAUCUCAACCUGUUUUGGUUGUUAUGAGUCUUUUGGGCAAGACCUAUCCCACGAGCGUCUCAGAUUUCAUCGAGAGUGGCCUUCCCGGUGAGUGGAAUCCCUACCUAGCUGGAACUCGCAUGCGUUUGCCCGUGCCGUAUACGUGGGAAACGGAACUUUCAAGGACCCCAAUGCAUGACCAACUGGAUGCUUGGCACAAUCUCAUUGACUCCGGGAAGCUUCCCUACAUGGCUACAUUGCGCAAUCUUCGUAAUCUCCUGUUGGUUGGUAUAGACGAGGCCCACAUGAGAAAGGUGAUUCGCAAAUUGACGACCGAAAGAGAAGUCGCAUCGUCAAAGCAACUACCGUUCAGAUACUUGAGUGCUUUCACAGCCCUCAAUGAACUUCGUAUCGCUAAAGAAGCGCAGCCGCAUUUGCCAAAAAAGUUAGCCAAGUAUAGAGAAAGAAAGGAAAAAAUAAGAAGGAAACGCCUGAGCGAACUCGAUUUUAACAAAGUGAAGGCUUUUGAAGAUGCGAUCGAGCGAGCUUUUGAUCUCUCAAUUCACCUCAAUCUACCGACAAUAUCUGGAUCGACUUUGAUCAUUGUGAACUUACGGGAGGACUCGUUGUCUGAUUUGCGUGUUGGAAGCGAUUAUGUUUCAUCUCAACUGUUGCUGGCCUUCAUGUGCAUGGCAGUGUGUGAAGACUAUGAUGCCCUCUUUCACUUAUCGCCCAAUGUCAUUUACAAUUCGAAAUAUUUUGCCUCACUAAUGCCUGGGGAAGGCGCCCUACUUGAAACCGUCAAAAGAGUUUCCACCAUUCUGGAGGAACCACCGAUAGAUCCUGCCAAGUUAAACCCUAUUGGUUCUGAACUGCCAGUAAUCAGUCCUGACAAAGUCUUUGGACAGAUUCUAACUAGCAGGAAGAAGUAUACUUCCAUGGUUGUUCUUGGGAAACUUGUGCCCGGCUACAGGAAGUGGCGGAAGGUCUACAAUGAACACGUGGGCUUUGUUCACGGCAUUGCUGUGCAACCUCUUGUGGGAGAGGACUGGAUGUUGCUGCAAGAUUAUUCCGACUCCUGCAUUCAAAUAUUGGCGCACAUGGGAAAUCAGUCCCUCGUGAAGCAAGUCGAAAUGGUGGAUCGUCAGUUGGACCUCUCGUCCAAGACUUACACUAAUCGUCAUCCGACCACUCUCGUUUCCAAUACUUGCCAAACGAGCAUCGAAUUACCGGCGAACUUUCUACGCGGCAGUGGAAUAGCAGCCGUGCAGGUUUUUGUCUCAUCCACAUUUCAAGACAUGUAUGGCGAGCGAGAUCUUAUCUCCGGCCUCAUCUUUCCUGCCCUGCGCAAGCAACUCUCCCACCUCGACUAUCCAGUACUCCUCAAUGAAAUUGACCUCCGCUGGGGCGUGCCCGAGGUUUUUUCUCAGUCCGGAGAGAGUCUGCGUUUGUGUCUGGAAAAGGUGGUCACAUCUGACUACCUUAUUUUGCUUGUCGGUGAAAGGUAUGGCUGGGUACCCAGUGAAGAAGUCGUACAGGCACUUCCUCCAAAGCUUUUGGGACAAGUACUGAAAAUUUACAAAGCGGGCAUGUCUAUUACAGAGAUGGAGGCUCGUUUAUUUAUCCAACAGAAUUGGAAGAAAAGGAAAAACCUCCUUUGUUUCUUACGUGAUUCCGCUUGUUUGGAAGGCGUGCCUUCUGAUCUCAGAAGUAAUUUUACACAGUCUUCACAACGGGAUCGUGAAAGACUGUUGGAAUUCAAACAAUUUCUGAGGGAAAAUGGCCUUAUUCUGCUGAACACAUACCCUGCUUCGUUCGCAGGUAGAGUCGGUUCCGUGCCCAUGAUGGGUAACUUGGGAAUUUUGGGCGAGGCCAUAUUCAAAAGUCUCUACACUUUGAUUUCCGAUUGGGUCAGGUCUCAUCCCACUGUCUCGCCUUCGUUAGAAGAUGGUGAGAUUCGGCAAUGCGGCUCAUCCGUACCAACUGCGUAUUUGGAAGCGAUUGCUGCCUCUGUGGCCCCACGGCAUCUCCGAGAGGCCCUUCACGCUCUCUUGGUUGAUCUGCCCAUGCGUGGCGCUCAAGUUCGACUCUCUCGGCUGGCUGCGACCAGCCAACAUCAAACACCUCACCUCACGCAGGUGCUUCCUCUCACGAGCAUCAAUAGAAGGCACCAAGAGCGUGUUUCUCGGGAUGGUGGUGUGCUUUGUUUAAUCGGUUCUCAUGGCAGCGGAAAGACAACUCUUGUCUCGGCUCUGGCAAUUGUUCUAUCAGACUCAAACUGGACGCCCGACAUGGCCUCCUCUCCCUCCCUCACAACCUCCUUUGACUCACGCGCUGCCUCUAAGGCUCAAGUCUCGGAGGCUUUUCGAAAUCGCUCGCGAGUAUUUGUACACCUCACAAUGGGUGCCUACUCUUCCACCACUCGCCAUGCCGGCCUCCUUUUGUGUGCUAUUCCGCAGAUGACCCAGGUGAAGGAACUGCUCGACACCUGGAUUGUGAGUGUGUUCAAUGAACUGCGAAAACCUGCCAGCGGACCCAACCCUGCCCUCGGGCAACAAUUGAACGCUUUGGAGAAUGAGCUGCAGUCAGCGGGGAUUGUGAACGUCACUCAGGAUUCUGAUCUUGUCAAGAGCACCGAAAUAUUUCAUCAUUUAUUGCGAAUAAUUGGAGAGCAUGUUAAGAAUCACUACAUAUUCAUCGUCGAUUCUGUGGAUCACCUUGUACCUGCAAAUCUGACUUGGAUUCCAGAAGUCAUUCCAGAGAAUGUGAAAUUCGUUUUAACAUUGAGUGGUGAAUCAAAGACGGCGCGUACUUUGUCGGUCCGUCCGGACUGCCUUUACCUGCGGAUGAGCGAACUCUCACGGAACGAAAAGGCUGCCGCGAUCCGAUGCUACUUUGCACAAUACGGCAAGGCUCUCAGCGACAGUGGAUUUGGCAAUCAGUUAUCAAGACUAAUCAGAAAGCGAGACGCUGGGCUUCCCCUGUACUUGAAAAUGGCCUGUGAUGAAUUACGGUUGCAUUCUACCUUUCAAAAUCUGGACAGCAAUUUGAAAAGCCUACCAGAACAUCUGUCUGACCUCGUAGCCCACAUUGUGGCGCGGGCAUCGGUGUGUUGUGGUGAGAACCUUGUCAAAACUGCACUUGGCUGCAUUCUCUGCUCACGCCAUCCACCCUAUCCGGCCCAGCUCCAGCGCAUGAUCAAUGUCUGGCUCUCUACGAACAGCGAACAAGUCACUCCCCAAACAAUUGCUUUUUUCAACGGCGAUGGGGACGAACUCCCAAAGGAAGACCCAACGACACAUCCUGUCCUUACCACAAUGGCUCUGAAUGUUCUUCUCUCACAACUUCAACCACUUAUCAUUGGCGUAGAAUCCACUGACGAGAGCAGCCGUGGCCUCGUGGUGUCAGGGGCUGAGCAGGUUGAAGAGACAGAUAGUGAGGAGAGGCCUGAACUGAGCCUUUUUACCUCUGGGGGUCUGCGGUUGUGCAGUCUGGAGGUGGCCGAUGUGGUUCGACGCCUGUGCUUCUCAUCUUGUGGGCCCCUCAAUCGAUUCUCCGCCUCACGCCGUGUGGGCUACGUCAAAAGCGUAGUUGAUAGUAAGGCCGGCAGCGAACCACCUCCACUUAGUUCUACCCCUACAGAAUUGCAAACUUACCGGUUGCUGCUUUGCGAAAAUUACGACAAUUUGGAAGACAAAGUGUACUAUGCGUUUCACGCGAAAAAACUUGGCCUUGCCGUAUCAACAUUGAGCAGUAUUGGCUACAUUCAACAAAAAGCCCUGAAUAACGACAUUCCCGGCGUGAUUGAAGAAUUUCUCGGGUCCGAUAUCUCCGAUCCUGAUACAAGAACCGCCUGGUUAGAAGUUAUUGACAAGGAGCGGGGUACUAUCUUUUCGGUGAUUCGCCACCUCGUCCUUCGGUCUGGUCACAUCUUGGCUAGAUUCCCUCAUCUAACGGGGCAACUCCUCUUGAACAGCCUUCCGGUGCAUUGCGAAGGCACUCUGAGGGAGGAAAUAGAGAGAAGAGUUAGGCUUGAAAGCAGCUCUGCAGUUUCGCGCUGCAAUACUUUGAGUACAGAUUAUCUACAUGAUGUGGAGAUGAUUUGGAGGCUGGAGGCCGUCAUUUCUCCGACUGGGCUUGCUAGCGAUGGCCAUCAGAUUAUCGCUUGUGGUGGCACUAGUGGAAGCAUCACUCUCCUGGAUGUUUCAUCCGGCAAGGUGUUAAACACUCUUUAUGGACACAGCGGUGCCGUGAACGCGAUUGUAUUCAUCUCGCCUGCGACAAAUGCUCUAGUGACACGUUGUAUGCUGCUUUACUCCGUCUCUGCAGAUUCAACAGCGUGCCUGUGGAAACUCGUGCCAUCGAGUGUCAGUGGAAAAGGUCUGGUUGGUGUGAGAUUGGCGCGUAUUUCAGGCCAUCACAAUCGUGCUAUCACAGCCUGUGCUUGGGACUCCCAGCGAAGGCACCUGGUCACUGCAGGACUUGACGGACUGGUGGGCCUCUUUGCUGUCCAACUCUCUCUUAACAGCGAUUCAGACGGUGAGACCAACUCCGUCUCUGGCUAUGAUCUGGAGUCCUUUAAGAAACCUCAGCGCUUCUUCUCCACUCGGCAUGAACCGAUAAAUGCAAUGGUUCUUGUGGAGGACAAAAUUGUUGUGGGUUGCUGGAACGGCACUCUGUGGAUGUUUGAAACAAACAAGUGGGAAGAUAGAAAAACUUCCAAAGUUCUGCUCCUGGGCUCUGAAUGUAACGCAUUGCGAGGCCAGACCCGUGAUGGCGCCUACUUUGAGCAAUGGGCUGGUGUCCGAGGUCUUCAUGCAGCAGUCGUGGCACUCGCCUACUCGGGACCCAAAUGCGACGUCAUCGCGUGUGCAGAUUUUGUCGGUGAGGUGACUCUCAUCAAUGCCAGCACUUUUGAGUGCAUUGUUCACCUGGAGAAGACGUCCCGUCUGAUUCCUCGGCACGUUUUCAGUAGGCUGUGCUUCCUCAAACAAAAGGGAAGUGAUGACUGCCUACUGGCACACACUGGCUCCUUCACAUCAGUCUCCGGAGCAAUUUCUCUGUGCAAUAUUGACCGGCCUCACAAAUUUGAUACUUUAUUUGAGGAACAUGCGAAAAGUUUGGAGAUAUGCAUUGGAGUCAGCUUAACCAAGUCUAUAAUUGUCUUCGGUACCUACAAUGGAGGAGUCGCCUACUUUAAUGCCGACGCAGAAAAGGGUCUCAUUCAGCUCUGUCCCUCACCCCAAAAUAACGCCUCUAGGAUUCAGGCUCUCGAUUGUUUCCUCCUCAAUGACGUGGCCAAUUUUGCAUUGCUUGCUUACGGCUCUGCUCGUGGCGAUGUCACAUUCGUGAUUUUUUCGACAAGAAGAGCUACCAACGGGACUUUGGAAUUGAAUGGACUAGUUGGGGAGACCCAGCAGCCCUUCUCUGUUUGGCCGCAUGCUUACGGCCAUCAGGAAGGUGGGGGCGGCGAGGCCGGUGGGACACUCGCCAUUGCUAUCUCGGCUUCCCAGGGCUUUGCCGUCUCUGGUGGUGGGGAUGCUUCGUGUUGCUUCCAUAUGUUUCAACUACAGGAUCUCAGCUCCAUGGGUUGCCAUUCCCGUACCAUCAACAGUGAUUCCAGAGUAGUUGCUCACUCUUUAGGCGUUUCUGCACUUGCUUCUGCCAACAAUAUUGCUGUCUCAGGCGGCAAGGAUGGGCUCCUUGCCAUUUAUCAAGUGGAUAAACAAAAGUCUUUCCAGCCAGUUACCAUCCUUGACUCCGUGCCUCAAGCUCAUCGGGACUGGAUAACAUGCCUCGCGAUAGAGCAGAAGGACCCUCAGCACUAUUUAAUUGCAUCGGGAGGAAACGACCAUGCCGUCGGGGUUUGGUUGCUCGACACCGAAUUGGAGGCUGGGAUCAACCCUCUCUCUCAGAUCUGGUUUACCACGGAGCAUGUUCAACCCUUGACCAACUUUUCUCUUAAGGAUGGGCUGCUGAUCUCGGCGUCCGCGGAUGGAGUGAUAGUAGUUUGGGAGGCGACAGCGUCCUCCAUGAGAAAAUUGCGAAAAUUCACACUUUCAGGAGCAUCAGAGGGCAGCAAAUUGGUGAUGAUGGACCUUACUGACCCCGAAAUCUCGAUUUUGAAUGAUAAGCCCACACCCCUGUCGGAUGACUUAGACUCUGCCGUCGAUUUGGACGCAUUGUCUGGGGACGAGGAUAGCGAUGGGAUAUCGCCCACCACGGCAUCGAAAAGACUCUACCCCGUCACUGUGGCCGAGAAGGUGCUGGAUUAUCGUGCACUUACCCGUCUCCGCAUUGCUUGCCUCCACUCCGACGGCGUCCUUAAUGUGAGCAUCAUUUCGCCAUUUUUGCCUCGUGAGGAGCUUGCCUGUGCUGGGCACGCCAGUGUCGCUGACUGUAGUGCGAUUCACCUGGUCCCGAGUGCAGAGAGCGGCGCUCUUGUCUCCGCGUGCACCUCUGACUCUCAGGCUGGUGAGGUUUGCCUCUGGCGAUUGGACAACGAAGAAUCCAAAUCUAACGUGCCUCGGAUUUCACACCACGGCGUAAUAACAGUCAUCAAGGAGAGCAAGGGCUACAUUUUCGCAGGUAGCGAUGACGGCCACCUCUUAGCCUGGCGUGUCAAGGAUGGACGCCAACUAAACAUUGAAAAAUUUGUGCCGAGCGGCUGCAUAAAUGAUCUGGAUGUAAGCGUAUCCUCUCAGGAGAACGGAAGUCUCGAGGUCACAGUAGCUGUCCUCGUCGGUCGAUCUGUCCACUUUUUGACUCUCUCUUCAUCAACCGAAUCAGAACUCGUGUUUGAUUGCUCAAGACUCGACCUGCCUACAGAAUUGUAUUCGAUCAUUCUAAUUCGUCCACUGUCAGACCCCACAGAGUCCACUUUCGUAGUAGGAACGGCUAAACGGACUCUGAUCUGCCAACGUUUAGGAAAGAUGCCAAAAUCUCCUGCUUUGCUUACGGACGGCAUCGUAAGCUCCUUGUAUGAAUAUACCUAUAGUAUCACCUCCAGUGGAACAGCUCAUUACAUUGGCCUUUGUGAUGGCAAAAUGGGGUUGUUUGAUGUUGAAGGAAAGCGCCUUAAGGCUGUACAACGAGAAGAUGAGUCUACCUUCACUGGUCUACAGGUGAUUCGCCCAAAGAGUUGCUCUACAACAUACCUCUUGGUCUCUGGAACGCGGGAGAAUGGGAGAGCUAAAGGCUCACCCGUAGCAUCCUUCGUCAGUCUACGUAGUGAUCCCUUCACCCCUCUCUCAGAAUAUGUGCUUCCUAGGGGAGAAGUCGUUACGGCGUUUGCCGCAGUUGAGAACAAUUCGGAGACGGUACAAACUAGCAGCUACUUAGUUAUUGUUGCAGGAUCCGACGGAAUCCUGCGCUACUUGCGAUGGAUACCGUCGCAGCCCACUAAGGAGCCAAAGCUUAUUGGUUACCUUCCAACUGGAAGGAAGGUGGUGAAAGUCUGCGCCACGGAGCCCGAUCACUUUGCCGUCGGGUACAGCAACGGAGACGUUGGGAUGUACCGAUUCAUCAAAACUUCUGUUCUGUGA